UAGCAACAGCAUGGAAGAUUACAUAGUAGGGUUGGUUGUAGCAGGUGUAUUCUUCUGGACAAUAUUAUUCUUAUUAACAAAAAGGAUCUUUCAAGAACGUUCAUUUGAUUUUAGCCUACGUGUGGUUUCUUCAAUCCAUGCAAUUAUAGCAGUAACAUUGGCUUCUCUCUCCAUUCAAGAUUGGAGUUGCCCAAUUUUUCCAUUGGCCUCAAAGUCUUCUCCCAUGCAGAUCCAAACAUUAGCAAUCAGUGGUGCUUAUCUCAUUUUUGACUUAGCAUGUUGCCAAUUCAGCGACAGCAUUAAUCUGGAUACCAUAUUUCAUCAUUUAGUCUGCAUUCUUGGAAUUUGGGCAGGCCUUGCCUCUGAAAGGUAUGGAUCAGAAAUGGUGGCGGCAUUAUGGCUUGGAGAAAUUUCUGGUCCAUUCCUCCACUUAAGAGACCUCCUUAAAGAACUGGGGUACAGAGACACAGACCUAAAUUUGGCCAUUGAUAUUUUGUUUGCAAUCAUAUUCACAGCUGCAAGGAUGAUAGUUGGACCAUAUCUCACGCACUGGCUCUUGGACUGCAACUUGUCAGUGCUUUCUGGGUAUACAAGAUCGUAAGAAUGGUUAUAUACAAACUGUCUUCCAAAGGCAUGCCUUCAAGCCAGCCAGCCGUAG